AUGAGAGAACGAGCAGUAAUUCAAGAUCCUCGCAGGUCCGACCGAGCGACGGUCGUCAAAAACUUUGCACGCGAUUAUCAACCACCAACCGAGACAAUCCAACACUUUGAAUCGAUGCCAUGGACCAAAUCCUGGAUGACAGACCCCAAAUACACCAUCACGCCAUUCUGGUCACGGCACGAAAAACCGGGCAAUUCAGAAGACUUUUUCUUCGCACGAACCAUCAAUACAGAAUCAACCAUCCCUCACACUGUGGUGUUGUGCCAUCGAUUCGGACAACCACCGGAAGUUGGAAGCGGGGAUAUUGCAAUUGACGAGUCGACACCGGAUCUAGUGGUGUUGCUACAGCUAGGCGAGAAGGGCUUGGAUGGACAUCCAUCGAUCAUCCAUGGCGGUGUCACUUGUGCUUUACUCGAUGAAAUGCAGAGCGAGGUUGUCCUCAUGUACCGUCGGCUGAUUGGCGGCGAUGCCUUGGCCGAUGCUCUCUUUACUGCAAACCUUGAUGUCAAUUACCGCGCACCGGUUCCGACUCCGGGUGCUUGUUUGAUCAAGUGUUGGCUGGUCAGUCGUGAUAAGAGGAAGUGGAAGACGAAAGCGAAAAUGGUCGAUGGUGAUGGCAAGUUGUUGGCUGAGGGCGCGGCUAUUUGGGUUGUCAAACCGAGAGAGAAAAUUUGAUUUUCA